UGGCAAGGAAAGGAAUUGAGCUUAUUUUGAGCCUGUUCUGGGCACAGGGCUUCACUCUGUACAUGUUCAUUCCACAGAUACUUAUUAAGUACCCACUCCACUCUGUGCCCAACACCCUACAAAGCUCUGGGGAUCCAGCUGUGGCCAAGGCAGCCAAGAGUCCUGCCUUUGUCGUGCUGACAUUCCAGUGUGGGUGGUGGGCUGUCAGCGUAAGCAAACACAUACAGUAACAUCGGUGGUGAUGGGUGCUUAGGGGAAAAUGAAGGGUAAGGGUAAGGGGAGGUAGGGUGGGCAUGCUUUGCCUAGGGAGGUUAGGAAGGCUUCUCAAGAAAGGGACGUGAGCAGAGGCUGAAGAGAGUGGAGAGGGGCCUGAGUUUCCACCUGAGGGUGCAGUGCCUGCAAGACCCUGAGGUGGGGCGUCCCUGUGUAUCCUGGCAGCUGAGGGAGCCAGGCACUGCUGAAGUGAAGUGCCCUCAGAGAAGCAAAGGGGGAUGUUGCAGGCCGCGUAGGGUCCUGUGGCUGCUUUGGGGAUUUUGGCUUUUAUGUUGCAUAGGAGGGUUCGAGCGGAGAAGGGGUGGGAGCUGACUCAGGUGGUCACGGGGCUCCAGGCUGCAGGAGGGGCGUGGGCAGAGUGCUGACUUCUUUCACUCUAUAACAUUCUCUCACUCCUUCCCUGCUGUAUUCAGCAGCAGUUUAGACCUUUUCGUUGCUGAGUAGUGUUCUACUGUGGAUCUAUGUGUUUGUUUAUUCAUUCUCUUGUGGGUAGACUCCUGGUCUGUUACCAGUUUGGGGUUACUGUGAAUAUUGCUGCUGUCAACAUUGUAGUACAAGUCUUUUGUACAUACACUAAUUUCCUUGAGAGGAAUUGCUAGGUCAUGGGAUAGGCAUAUAUUGAGCUUUAAUUUUGACUGCUUAACAGUUUUCCACAGUAGUUGAACCAUUUUGCACCUCCCACCAAUAAUGAGUAAGGGUUCUGGUUCCUCUACAUUCGUGCCAGCAGUUGGCCUUGUCAGUUUUUAGUAUUCGAGCCAUCCCAGGUAGGUGGUUAUGAUUUGCAUUUGCCUGUAACUAAUGAGAUUAUGUAUGUUUCUUGGUUGUGUGGGUGUCCUCUCCUGUGAGGUGCUCUUGCUCUUUUUACCUUGUCUUGAGUCAACAGCUGCAGCUCUGGCCCAGGCACUCAGAAGACUCAUGCCCAGGAACCUUAGGAAGUAAUGAGUGUGGUGGGGCCGUGCAGGGACUCCCCUCCGCAGGGCGUGCUGUGGGGGUUCCAUAGGCGAGUCUCUGUCCCCCUGCCUGAGUGUCCUCCGUUGGCAGCCCCCCGAGUGAGCAGGCCAUCUUUUUUUUUUGAGAUGUAGUUUCGCUCUUGUUGCCCAGGCUGGAGUGCAAUGGCGUGAUCUUGGCUCUCCACAACCUCCACCUCCCGGGUUCAAGCGGUUCUCCUGCCUCAGCCUCCCAAGUAGCAUGUGCCACCACACCCAGCUAAUUUUCUGUUUUCAGUAGAGACAAGGUUUCUCCAUAUUGGUCAGGCUGGUCUCGAACUCCCGACCUCAGGUGAUCCGCCCACCUCAGCCUCCCAAAGUGCUGGGAUUACAGGCGUGAGCCACCGUGCCCAGCCUAAGCCAGCCAUCUUCUUGGCUGCAGUGGCUGGUAUUUCAUCACCACAGGACUGCGUCACGGACACCUCAGCUGAGGCGCCACCCUCAGUGGGAGGACAGGGCAGGAUCCAGGCGGGACGCAGGGGAUCUUCCAACUCCUCCCCCUGCUCUCCCUCCAGCUGUGCUGACUCCUUAGUUGCUGAGAUGAGAUUGUAAAAAGCAGCUCUGUUGAUCCCAGCAGCGGCCAGGGCCUCCGCUGCUUCUCGGCUGGGAGACCCAAGGUAAACAGCUUCCCUUCUCUCAGCUUCUGUCCUCACCUGGGCAUGGUCACUGACUGUCUGGUGGGGUGUUGGGAGCAUUCAGGAGAGACUCCAUGGGAGCGCUGGCACCCUGCCCAAGGCCACCCAGCUGGCGGUGGCUCUUGGACUCUGGAACCCAGACCACUCUUGGCCAUACCUGGCUGCCUUUGCUUCUCUCUGGAAUAAUGGCAGCCGUGUGUUUGGCUGUUCACUGGGCGCCAGGCAGUAGGCCGAGCCCUGGGCCCACAGUGGGUGCUUUAGUGCUGCUGCAUUACAAGGGCCCUGAGAGGUGAUGUCCCUGGGCCGCUGUGGGCCAGCGAGAGGGGAGAUGAGACAUGGAGCCCCUGUUCUAUUCCCUGCACAUCAGCCCUUCCUUUGGACUCCGAGUUCUCCCUCCCAGCCAUUUGGGAAGUAUUUUGAACUGAGCUUGCAUCAGGGAAGGCAUGGUGUAGGUCCGUGUAGGGGACGGGCUUCUCUCAGUCCCAGCCAUAGCCCAGAAGGCCCUUGGUGUUCUCCCCUGUCCACCUCUCUCUUGUUUUCUCCUCACCAGGCCCCUUUCUGCCUCAGGUCCUUGCAUUUUCUGUUCCCCUGCUGAAAUACAUUUCCUCAUGUGUCUACACAGCUCACUCCCUCAGUUAACUCGGGUGUCUGCUCGCAAGUCCCCCACACCAAGCUAACAUCCUGUUCUUCCACUCUCCAGCCUCCCCACCACCUGAUUAUUUGUAUAUCCGUGUAUUUUUCUGCCCCUCACACCAGACUGUGAGCCUCAUGAAGGCAGGGCUGUGUCUUAGUGACAUUCUGUUGCUGGUACCAUCCGGGGUCUAGGAUGCACCCCAAAAAAGAUUGGUGUCAUGAAGAGAGUCUGGUAGUGUGUCCCUGGCUGUGUGUGGUCCUGGGGUGGGGGUCAGUUGGGGACACUUGGCCUCUUUCUUCAUGUGCUCAUUAGAUAAGACGCUUUGCUGGUCUACUGCAUUAGCGUUAAUAGGUGUUGGGAGGGUUGCUCCAAGGGUGCACAAAGAGCACACAGUGCAGCCUCUGAGGUGGGGAAGGCUUCCUGGAGGAGGCACUGGUUUAGCUGAGACCUCAAGGAAGAGAGAGAAGAACGCCCAGAAGGAGGUGCUGUCCCUGAUGGAGGCCAGAGGGAAGGGCUUGAGUGACAGAAGCGUAACGUGGAGAGUCAGGUAGGGCGGAGAGGCUGGAGAGGUGCAAUAGUCAACGUCAUGGUCCUUAGCCUUUCCCGAGGGCUUUCUGGGUGCACGUCUCAGCUCAUGCACCUGGAACGCAGGGCAGCAGAGGCCAGGUCCUGAAGGGCCUUGGAUCCUCAGCUGAGGAGUUUGGCUUUUUUGCUGGGAACACCAGGGAGCCACAAAGGUUCUGAGCAGGAGAAAGACAGGUUCAGCGUUGGGGAUCCCUCUAGCUGCUGAAUGUGGGGUGAGUGGGAGGGAGCAAGAGUGGAGCGUAGGAACUCGGGGAAGAGGUGGGGGCAGAUGGGGCAGACCUGACUAGAGCCAGGCCGCGGGCAGGAUGGGGAGAGAUGGUCACGUUAGAGGUUGACACACAGAACAGUGGGAGAUACAGAAAUACAUACAUAUUUAUAUAUUUUUUGAGACAGGGUCUCAUUCUGUCACCUAAGCUGGAGUGCAGUGGUGCAAUCAAGGCUCACUGCAGCCUCGACCUCCCAGGCUCGAGUGAUCCUCCUGUCUCGAAUAGCUGACAUUACAGGUGCACAGCACCAUGCCUGGCUAAUUUUUUAAUUUUUAAUUUUUUUGUAGAAAAAAAUUGGGUAGUGAGACAAGUUCUCACUACGUUGCCCAGGCAGGUCUCAAACUCCUAGGCUCAAGGGAUUCUCCUGCCUUGACCUCCCAAAGUGUUGGGAUUACAGACAUGAGCCACUGUGCCCGGCUGAGAUGUGGGGAUGUUGAGGAUUGAGAGUCUGGCAGUCCUGUGUGUUUGGGUUGUGGGGUGCCGGGCAUGUUGCUGGCAAGGGGAGCCCCUUAUUGCUGCUCCCAGCCUCGCAUCAUUGCCUUUGCAGCUUGGAGCCCAGAAUGUGAUUUCUCACCCUCCUGUUUACUUCCCUGUCAUUGUCCAUCUUGUCUUUCCUCCCGCUUCCUCCCACUUACCUCCCUUCCUUCUGCCGGGACCUGGGCAGCCUGCCACUGUCACAUGCCAGGCAGUAGCGUGUCCGGCCCACCAGCUCCCCUGGGGCACGAGAGAAAGCUGAUGCCCAUGGUGUCCCUAGAGCCAGCUGCCACUUCUCUGGGGGCCACCGUAGCUCCCGACCUGCUGUCCGCAAAUAACCCCAGGCUGGGAAAGGCAAAGGCGCCUUGGUCUCUGUGGACCCUGGCCAGGCCCCAGGCUCCAGGUAGGGGCCCAGCUGGCGCUGCCUCGCGCCCUCCUCCCCUCCGUUCUGGGAACCUGAGACGAAGCAGUGGCCUUGGCGUCCCUCAGUCUGUUGGUUGCUGGUCCCUGAGGACAGAAGUGAAGGUCUUGGGGUAGGGAUCAGGGCCUUGGUCAAGCCCCCAGGACUGGCUUCUAGGCCCCAGGCCGUGCAUACGCAGUAGGUUGCUUUCUUGUUCAAGAUCCCGGAUUGUCUGAGACCUGUCUUUUCUCUGUCAUCUGAUGGGGGGAGGGAGGCCACUGAGGCUCAGGGAAUGGCAUGGGAUGGCAUGGGGGGACGGGAGUGUGCUUAGUUUGUUGAAGGUGGCAGGUUGGUGGCUUCCUGGUUUGGAAAGAAGAGGGGGGAGAGAGAGAAAAGAGUGUGUGUGUGUAAGAUGGUGGAGGGACAGGCAGAUGCUGGUGGCUCUGUGCACUCCCUCAGACUGUGCCCUGUCCACGGUGCCUCCUGCAUGUCCUGCUGCCCUGAGCUGUCCCGAGCUAGGUGACAGCGUACCACGCUGCCACCAUGAACGAGGUGUCUGUCAUCAAAGAAGGCUGGCUCCACAAGCGUGGUGAAUACAUCAAGACCUGGAGGCCACGAUACUUCCUGCUGAAGAGCGACGGCUCCUUCAUUGGGUACAAGGAGAGGCCCGAGGCCCCUGAUCAGACUCUACCCCCCUUAAACAACUUCUCCGUAGCAGAAUGCCAGCUGAUGAAGACCGAGAGGCCGCGACCCAACACCUUUGUCAUACGUUGCCUGCAGUGGACCACAGUCAUCGAGAGGACCUUCCACGUGGAUUCUCCAGACGAGAGGGAGGAGUGGAUGCGGGCCAUCCAGAUGGUCGCCAACAGCCUCAAGCAGCGGGCCCCAGGCGAGGACCCCAUGGACUACAAGUGUGGCUCCCCCAGUGACUCCUCCACGGCUGAGGAGAUGGAAGUGGCGGUCAGCAAGGCACGGGCUAAAGUGACCAUGAAUGACUUCGACUAUCUCAAACUCCUUGGCAAGGGAACCUUUGGCAAAGUCAUCCUGGUGCGGGAGAAGGCCACUGGCCGCUACUACGCCAUGAAGAUCCUGCGGAAGGAAGUCAUCAUUGCCAAGGAUGAAGUCGCUCACACAGUCACCGAGAGCCGGGUCCUCCAGAACACCAGGCACCCGUUCCUCACUGCGCUGAAGUACGCCUUCCAGACCCACGACCGCCUGUGCUUCGUGAUGGAGUAUGCCAACGGGGGUGAGCUGUUCUUCCACCUGUCCCGGGAGCGUGUCUUCACAGAGGAGCGGGCCCGGUUUUAUGGUGCAGAGAUUGUCUCGGCUCUUGAGUACUUGCACUCGCGGGACGUGGUAUACCGCGACAUCAAGCUGGAAAACCUCAUGCUGGACAAAGAUGGCCACAUCAAGAUCACUGACUUUGGCCUCUGCAAAGAGGGCAUCAGUGACGGGGCCACCAUGAAAACCUUCUGUGGGACCCCGGAGUACCUGGCGCCUGAGGUGCUGGAGGACAAUGACUAUGGCCGGGCCGUGGACUGGUGGGGGCUGGGUGUGGUCAUGUACGAGAUGAUGUGCGGCCGCCUGCCCUUCUACAACCAGGACCACGAGCGCCUCUUCGAGCUCAUCCUCAUGGAAGAGAUCCGCUUCCCGCGCACGCUCAGCCCUGAGGCCAAGUCCCUGCUUGCUGGGCUGCUUAAGAAGGACCCCAAGCAGAGGCUUGGUGGGGGGCCCAGCGAUGCCAAGGAGGUCAUGGAGCACAGGUUCUUCCUCAGCAUCAACUGGCAGGACGUGGUCCAGAAGAAGCUCCUGCCACCCUUCAAACCUCAGGUCACAUCUGAGGUCGACACAAGGUACUUCGAUGAUGAAUUUACCGCCCAGUCCAUCACAAUCACACCCCCUGACCGCUAUGACAGCCUGGGCUUACUGGAGCUGGACCAGCGGACCCACUUCCCCCAGUUCUCCUACUCGGCCAGCAUCCGCGAGUGAGCAGUCUGCCCACGCAGAGGACGCACGCUCGCUGCCAUCACCGCUGGGUGGUUUUUUCCCCCUAACUUUUUACUUUGCCUUUUUGGUUUGUGUCCCCACCCCCACCUCCUCACCCCCUUUCCAGUUCUUCUUCAGGCCCCUCCCAGAUGCACCCCAGCAGCCCCUGCAGCCCCUGCCUCCAGCCUCACCUUUGUGCCCAGACUUGCAUUUGGAAGACUCCACCUCCCGCCCAGGCCUGGGCUGUUGGGCGGUUGGAGAUUCAGGUUUUAAUCCACACAAGCCCCAGUGAGGGGUGAAGCAUGGUGCCCGGGGCCUGCCUGAGUUUCUGGCCUGGGUGUCGUGCUGGUGUCUGCCUCCGCGCUGCUGCUUCUGGACGAAGGCUGCCUUCUGGUGGGACGCGACACCCGGCAGACAGUGGUGCUGCCUUCCAGGCCCCGUGGCCUAGGCUUGGAGUGGCCAGGCAUGGGGCGGUCCAAUCCCCCACCCGCUGUCCCCCUGUGGGGGCAGAAAAGCAAUAAUGUCCAGGGGCAGGCAGGGGCCCUUGGGAGCUGCAGGGCUGGGGGUUAGGGCUGCUCCCUGGUGAAUGGAGUCAGAUCCUAGGAUCUGUACCAUGGGGAACCAGGAGUGGCCGGGCUGGGUGCCGCCUCCUGGUCCGGCCUCCUCCCCACCAAACUGUCCUCACCCUAUGGAUGAGGCAGGAGGAACAUUUGGAGGCAAACCUGCCUGCCUCCCAGCCCCGUGCCUUACUAGGGCUUCCUUCCAGCUGGCCUUACCUCCUGCUGGACCCUGGGCCUGGCCUGGCCCCACUGGGGGGCUAUGGGCUGGGCUCACCCUCUCCUCUGCGGGGGUGGAGGGGCACCAGCCUCGGCUGUUACAAUCUUACACCGGACAGUAUUGGGCCCCAUGGACUUGGUCAGGGAGGGGUGGGGGUGGGCAUCUCUGGUACCUAUUGGGGUGGGGGGCCUCUGAGAAGGGAGGCUCCUAGGCCCCCCUCACCCCUCCUUCUCCCCAGGGCCCCACGUUCUGCAGCCUUAAGAUUGAACAUGAGUGCACGUCCAUGUCAGUGCUGUGGGACUCCUGUGCGUGCCUCGGACUGCGUGUGUCGGCGGGACGCAGGCACACGUGGGUGUGUGUGCAUGUGUGUGUGUGUGAGGGCAGCGUGUCCUCCAGUGUGCAUGGUGUGUGGGCUUGGGCCCCAUCCCUGGCCCGAGCAUUUCAUCCUGUGGGGGAGGGGUGCUGACCUAGUGGGAGGAGCCCCACCGUGAUCCAUGAGCUGCCCUGCCCACGCCUCCGCUCCCUGUAGCAACACCUCUGGGUGUUUGGAGUUUAGCUUUUGUGGGUUUGCUCUCCCUACCCCAUCUCCUGUACUACACAGUUCAUGGCAGGGUGGGGAGGGGUGGGGUUGGUUCGGGUGGGUGAGGGUCUUUUUCCUCUGUGUGCAAUGUCGUUAUCUGACAGUUCUCCGUCCCUACUGGCCUUUCUCCUUGUCUUCAUAUUUGUACGGUACAAGCAAUAAAGACACUCAUUUCAGA